UUUUACUCGCAGCUCUUGGUGUCUCCUUAUUGUAAAGGUCAUUUAAGGAAGUGAUUCCACUAGGAAAAUAGAAAGCUUUGCAUUUAUACAGACCUGUUUCCAAUCUCAGAACACUUAAGUGAUCGACAACAGUAAGGUUGGAUCACUUCUUGGACAAUAUCAAAUGAGCACAAACCAAAAAUUAAUCAUCCAAGAGGUCAAAAUUGUAAGUACAGAAUUUCCAUUCACAUUUCUUUCUUAAUAUCCGCUUUAUUCCUAACACCUAAUAAGUACAACUGGGGACGUUUUUCUCUACAUUCAUUGUACCAUCGAUUUUCAAGAACGCAGGUUCAGCCGCUGUGGCCAUUGCCUGAGAGGAUUUGGGGCUGCACUGAACCUUCGCGUCAGAUUGAAGUAGCAGAGCCCGGGCUCGAGUGUGGAUAACAAACUGAUGUUUGAUAGACUGUCCCACGCACCAAAUAGUCUGCAUAAUAAAAAAAAAUGCCUAACAUCUCCUUUAAAUUUCCCCCCCUUUCACCUUAAAUGCGUGUUGUUUGGAAUUAGCUAUUUCUACCCGAGGGAAAAGAUUCAGUCUCCUUUAUCUGUGGCUCUCAUAAUUUUAUAAACUUCCACCAGGUUUCCCUUCGGCAUCUAGUGGGCUGCUGGGCGGUACAGUUCAUUGGGCUGGAAAGGCCUGUUCCGCACUGUAUCUCUAAAUAAGCAAUAAAUACAUCUGAGAAAGGACCAGGGGAAACCGUGUCUUCACCCUGGAGGGCAGCUGAAAUCAACUUAGUCAAUAUAUUCAAAAGGUCAGAUAAAAUUCUGAGAACCAGAAGCAAGCCAUCUUUUGGGUUAGUGGUGGAGAGGAGGUCACUAAACGAACUGUUAUCCAUUAUAGACAAUCAGGCACGUCCUCUCCAUGACCAGCUGAAUAAGCAGCAGAGCCCCCUUUCAAACAGACUCGUUCAGCUCCGCUGUCUCAAGGAAUCGUUACAGAAAAUCUUUCCUAUCAACUGCAAUAAGCAUAUACAGUAGUUCAACAGAAGAACACACAUCAUCAUAUAAUCCUCUGUUACUAUUUUGUACAUUAUUGCACAUAAAUUAUUAUUGUGCAUAUUGUAAUUCUGUACUUUAUUAUUAGUUAAUAUUAUUAUAUUUAUUAUUGCUAAGUGUGUUUUUAAAUGUUGCUGCUGAAUUGAAAUAAUUUCCCAUUCGGAAUCAAUAAAGUACUUAUUAUUAUUAUAUGUUGAAAAAGAAAACAGGGUAUUAAAUUUGGGAAAUCAGCCAUGGCAGAACUAAUGAUGAAGAAAAGCCCAUUUCUGCCGAGAUUUUCUAUGUUCUAUUCCUAUAUGAAGGUUAGGGGAGAAGACAAACAGCAGACAGCAACUGAUCCCAGCGAGACAGACUGGAGCAGUCCCACAAUCAGACCUUCAGUGUCGGUGGCCUCUCAAGCUCUGCCAAUCUCAUUUCAGAGGGUCUGGUCAACCGUCCAUUCAUCUCCAUAGAUGCUGCCUGACCCGCUGAGUUCAUCCAGCAUCUUGUGUGUGUUGCUCUGGAUUUCCAGUACCUGCAGGAUCUCAUUUCAGACCAUGACAUGAACCCCCUGCCCCGCUGUGCAGAGGGAGGAUGUGAUUCAGUCAAGCAGAGCGGGUGUGUGAGAACACGGCCAACAGAAUACGAUGUGGACAAAUUACAGGUUGCUCACUUUGACGAACAAAAUCUGCAGAGUAUAUUGAUGCGCCAAAACACAAGUCAUUUAAAGCUGAAACCCAGGUGUAGAAAACUGUUAGGAAGGCUCGAUUACGAGAGGGUCUGCGUACAGGAAUACAGGCGUUUUGCAGUAUUUAUAUAGCGCCUUGGUGAGAUCUUCAUCCUCCUUACCUGACAAAGAUUUACUUGCUAGGCUGGCUCCAGGUUUGCUAUAGGAGGAGAGAUUGAGCAGACUGGGAACUGUACUCGCUCGAGUAAAGCAAUUGCUUUCAAAGCGGCGGGAGGAAGGAAUGAUCUUGGCGUGGGAUGCGGGAUUUUAAAAAAUUGUUUCGCUGUCUUAGCUUUUAAAUAAACACUGGUCCCUCAGAGUGGAGAAUGUCCGCCGGAGUGGAGGACGGGGAGAGGAAUUGAGGGGCGGGAGCAGAGGCCGGCACUGAGACUAGGGGACACCCGACCCCCGAGUGAGGGACAGGCCGGGGCCGGGGCCGGGGCCUCCACCUUAACCCGGACUUCCGCCUCGGACCCGACGCGGCGUAAGUGGUUCCGGGUGAAGCAGUGACGUGUCAGCUGGAGCGAAGUGGCGACAGCAAAUGUCUCUGACUCCACAUCAUCAAAAUGGAUUCCAAAUGAAGUUCUGCUCUUGGUAAUUCGGAUCCAGCCAGGAUCAGAGACUCCAGUUGUGUGAUGGUGAUCUGCGGGAGUAACCCUUGUAACAGCUCAUGGUCUGCCGACUGUUCUUUCAGUGCGGUGAACAAUUGAGGCAAGGGAAACACAGCAGAGGCUUGUAAACUGGGAACCCUGCUGCUUGUGGCAAAAUGACUUCAGGCAGCAGUGCCCCUCCUGGUAGCGGCCCCUUUACAGCAUUGACUCCAAGCAUGUGGCCACAGGAUUUAAUGACCAAGAUCUCCCAGGAGGAUUCUGUAGCACACCCAGAGUUCCAGUACGAUGUGUUUGGAUUCCGUAUAGAAAAAGAAGAUGGAUCAGAAACAAAUCACCGGAGAGUUCUUGGAAUCCCACUCCCAGAAGAUCCUCAGCAGAGGCUGAGAUGGCAAGCAUACCUUGAGUUCACGCACAAUCACGACGUCGGCGAUCUGACGUGGGAUAAAAUUGACGUAGUACUGCCGCGCUCUCAGAAACUGCGAACUUUGGUCCUUUCCGGGAUUCCGCACUCCUUGCGACCGCAGAUCUGGAUGCGGUUGUCAGGAGCUCUGCAGAAGAAACGGAACACUGAAACCUCAUACCGUGACAUCGUCAAAAACAGCUCCAACGAUAGUGGCAUUGCAGCUAAACAGAUCGAAAAAGACCUGCUGCGUACAAUGCCAAGUAACACCUGUUUCUCCAACAUGGACAGCAUUGGUGUCCCAAGAUUACGGCGAAUCCUGCGUGGGCUGGCAUGGCUAUAUCCAGAGAUUGGUUACUGCCAGGGAACUGGAAUGGUUGCAGCUUGUCUGCUGCUGUUCCUCGAGGAGGAGGAUGCCUUCUGGAUGAUGUGUGCCAUCAUUGAAGACCUGGUUCCUCCUUCAUAUUUCAGCACCACGCUGUUGGGGGUGCAGACUGACCAGCGUGUUCUCCGACAUCUGAUAGUACAAUACCUUCCCCAGCUGGACAAACUUCUCCAGGAACAUGACAUAGAGCUGUCCUUGAUCACCCUGCACUGGUUCUUGACAGCAUUUGCCAGUGUAGUACAUAUCAACAUCCUCCUCCGGGUCUGGGACCUUUUCUUCUGCGAGGGCUCUGUUCUGCUCUUCCAGAUCACUUUGGGAAUGCUGAAAAUGAAGGAAGAGGAACUCAUCCAGUCAGAAAAUUCAGCUUCCAUCUUCAACACGUUGUCAGACAUUCCAUCGCAGAUCGAAGAUGCCGAUUCUCUCAUAAAGGAGUCGAUGAAGAUCGCUGGGUCACUGACAGAUGUGAUGAUUGAAGCGCAGAGGAGCAAACAUCUGGCCUAUUUGAUAGCAGAGCAGGGCCAGCUGAACAACUCCCAGUUGCCACUGCCAAACUUCAACAAGAUAGUUCGACGACAGUCCCAGCGCAGGAAGUCCGGCCUGGGAGCUCUGCUCUUCGGGGACAACGAAGAUGCAGAGGCACUCAAGGCAAAGAACAUUAAGCAGACAGAGUUGGUGGCAGAUCUGCGAGAGGCCAUCCUUCAAGUAGCUCGGCACUUUCAGUGCCUGGACCCCAAAAACUGUACCAUUGAGCUGAUGCCGGAUUAUUCCAUGGAGAGCCAUCAGAAAGACCACGAGACCUACAUCGCUGUGUCCCGAAAUCGAAAGCGCAGAGCCAAAGCUCUCCUGGAUUUUGAACGCCAUGAUGACGAUGAGCUGGGAUUCCGAAAAAAUGACAUCAUCACGAUUAUCUCUCAGAAGGAUGAGCAUUGCUGGGUGGGAGAGCUGAAUGGACUACGAGGCUGGUUUCCUGCGAAGUUUGUGGAGAUCCUGGACGAACGUAGUAAAGAGUAUUCUAUGGCUGGAGAUGAUUCGGUUACGGAAGCUAUCACAGAUUUGGUACGGGGAACACUCUGUCCUGCACUCAAGGCGAUAUUUGACCAGGGUUUGAAGAAACCAUCCAUUCUCGGUGGUCCAUGUCACCCCUGGCUUUUUAUUGAAGAGGCUGCAGGGAAGGAGGUGGAGCGAGACUUCGACUCAGUGUAUUCCCGACUGGUGCUGUGUAAGACGUACAGGCUGGAUGAAGAUGGCAAGGUGCUGACGCCCGAGGAGCUCCUAUAUAGAGCUGUGCAGUCCGUCAACGUGAGUCAUGAUGCUGCCCACGCACAGAUGGACGUGAAGUUUCGAUCGCUGAUCUGCGUGGGGCUGAAUGAGCAGGUGCUGCCCCUGUGGCUGGAGGUGCUCUGUUCAAGUAUACAGACCGUGGAAAAGUGGUACCAGCCAUGGUCGUUCCUCCGCAGUCCCGGAUGGGUCCAGAUCAAGUGUGAGCUAAGAGUGUUGUCCAGGUUUGCCUUCAGCCUUUCACAGGACUGGGAGCUCCCUGUCAAGAAAGAGGAGAAAGAGAAAAAACCUCUGAAGGACGGAGUCCAGGACAUGUUGGUGAAGCACCACCUCUUCAGCUGGGACAUCGAUGGUUAACUAGCCACACUCCUCCAAUCAAACAAUCGCACUCCAAACCCACACUGGCGGUUGGCACUACAGGUGUUUGUGUACAUAGCACACCAGCUUUGUAUGCAUACACCCUAAAGGGAAGGAGACAGUCACCUCGACAAGGAAUGUUGCAUCAUUAUGAUUCUUAAAACUUUUGGGAACUAAUAUUCUGUUCUUCUCCUUGCUGUCUGUAAAAUAAGUUCAGUUACACAGCAUCCUUACCUAAUUCUCAUUGGUGGCAAUUGGUAACUUGGUUUCAUCUGGGUCAAUUGACCUGCACUGUAAUCUUUCCCCAUUCCUGUUCCCUGCCCUGCUGGGGGGGCACUUUGUGCAUCAGAUCAGAACCGGGAUUUCCGCCCGUUCCUGCAGAGCUUGGCUGGAGGUGUUAUCAUGCCUGGAGUAAGGAAGUGACAAGCUGCGCAGUUACAGUACGUCGGUGCGGUGGUGAGCGGGUUUGAAAAGGGUUUGGGACACAGUAAAAACUUUACAAGAGACGAGGAAACGAUUCAUAAUACUCUGUGUCCUAAGGCAAAAGUCACCAGUUGGCUACUACCAACCCCUCAGUGUUGUUACUUCACGAGGAAACUAGCCAACAGCGAAAGGCGCCUUAUCAAUCAGUCCUCUGCAGUAGCUGUGUAUGUACAGCUAAUAAAGAUAAAAUUCCAGCAGCCUGCAUGAUUAGGAUGCUUGGAAUCCAACACACUCUGUUCAGUUCCAAUAAAUAGAACCCGCGCAGAGUAUCCCACCAGUGCCGUAGCAUACGGGGUAACCGUGGGACCCAGGGCAAUUAUCUGAGACAUUUUAAACAGACUUGUUUAAGUCCCUUUGAGUCCCUGAUUAAACAGUUGUCAGAAGUCAUUCCAUAACAGGACGGCUUUGACCUCUGUCCCAGGCGAUGCCUGUGUCCAGGGAAUUAGCACGCCCUCUUUUCACAGUUACCCCUCAGUUCUAAUGCUCCCCUUCUCCAAGUCUCUGGUGUUUGGACUCUACCCUGAUGCCUUUAGUGGCUUGUCCAGUGUGGGAACCUGAGCUCCCCGGCACUAACAGCAUGCCUGCCCACAGCUCCUUCCUUGAGACCCCACCUGAUGCCGGUCAACGUCAGCAGCCAAUGACAGUGCAGAACACUGAAACAACUGCUGAGGUUGUCAAAUGGCGCAAAAUUGUCCCCUUCUCCAGCACACGGAGGGCAGACUGGAGGGAACUUCAUUCAGAGUUUAACUUGAGGAUUGUAUUGCAGUGCAGGUGUGUGGGAAAUCAGAUCUUAGAGAUUAGUCCACAGUUUGAGUCUGAUGAUAGCAGGUUUUAAUUUAUUCCUUGCCUUCCCUGAUUUUUAUUUGAUCAUUACCCAGUCUGUAUGUAAAAACUUUAUAUCGUGUGAGCUAUUUGUAUAUAAGUAAUAAAGGAACCCUGGUUUACUGGCA